UCCGAGAAAGUUUGCACAAAUAUUGCCGAUAGCUUAAAAUUUAUCAACAAAUUAUUCCGACGAAAGCGAACGAUCACUUCUCCUUUAUCAAUCUCGUCUCAAGACAUGGCAUACUGAAUGAGAUAAUCUCGCCAUAUUCUUUUGGGUGUUAAUUUUUCGUGGAGUAAACAUUCGACCAACAGGACAGUGGGAGCAAGAAGAAGAUAAAUUGUCAAAAUUAUGGCGAGGAAGUCUUUUAUCACUUGAUUGGUUCAACACCAUAAUUAUAGGAUAUGGAUCUUAACUCGAAGGUAGAAUUUUUGAAAUUUCAUCAAGGAUAUGUACGAGGAGUGGCAUUUUCGCCUGUGGAUCGUUACUUAUUUUGCUCUGGUGCGUAUGAUGGAAAAGUUAACGUCUACAGUGCAAAGAAAUGCCAUCUUUUGGGAAGUUAUCCAGUGACCACUCUGAGUCUUGCAAGGAACAUUAAAGCUGUUAGAUUUACAACUGAUGGACAUAAGAUCUUAGCAUCGACAAAUGCCAGAAGACUGGUUGUUAUGGAUGUGGAAACAGGGGAGCAAAUCGUAUCUUAUGAUAACUGUGUGUAUAAUGGUCCAGAUCGAACUGGUUUAGCGGUGGAUAUCCAGGCAGGUCCUAACAUUGCGGCAUGCUGUUGUGUUAAUGGACGUGGCUUGUCCAUUUUUGACCUCAGAAUGCCUCUGCCGUUGGAUUUUAUUUAUGAUCUUCAUAAUAAUGUCAUUCGUGAUGUGAUGUUUCUUCAUGAGAGCUGGCCAUGGUGCAAAGGACAAAAUGCCCUGUUAUCAGUUGCUAUUGAUGGCACUGCAAAGGUGUCAACAAUAGAUGGACGCACUCUACAAAGUACUGAGAUAGGCUCCAUGUUGAACACAGCUGCCCCCACACCAGAACCCUUUGGUUCAAUGGCUGAUGAUGGAUUCUAUAGUCUUAUCAUGUUUGGUGGUGAGUUUCUGACAAGUUUUGUCCCAGAGGUUGGAAUCCAAGAGCGUAUGCGAGAGCAUGGAAAAGAUGCACUAUGGAAAAUUAAGUACACUUCCAAUGGAAGCACACUUUUCACUGCCUGUGAUGGAGGAGUGAUUAGAAAAUACAGAAGAUUCCCUGAUCACCACGAGUUUGUAGAGGACCUCUUCUGCCAUUCAGAUGAUGUAGAAGAUAUUGACAUUUCACCUUACGAUGAAUAUUUAGUAACAGCCUCCAAGGACCACAGUGUGGGUGUGUUUAAACUUGGACCACCCAGUCAUGGAGUCACAGAGUAUGGGGAGAUAAGGUAGCAUUUGGAAAAUGCUGCAGUGCACAGAGAAAACAUUGCACUCAGGAAACAACUGAUGAUUUUCAGGAGGCUUUCAGCAAAGCGUAUUCUGAGUCAAGGAUUAAUAGUACAGAUUGGAUGCUGAAAAGUUGUGUAUUCAGUGGACUUAACUUGUAAGGAGGAAUGAAGAUAAAAGAGAUAAACUAAGCUUGAUAGUAAAUUGUGGUGUUGGGUGAUAUAAAUGCAGGUAUUGCAUGAUGUGGCUCCAAAUAAGAACUGCUCAAUGGACAAGAAGCAAUUUUUGGAAGAGGUUGAGCAUGCGAUGUCAUGAAUUAAGGAAACCGGGGUCUGAGUUAUUGACAAAGAAGAAGGCUGAGACAGGUAACACAGACACCAGAUUUGAUAAUUCAUAAUAUCAUGUGCAAAUCAAAGUCAAUAAUUGUUUUAUAAUUAUACUUUUUUUUAACGAUCUAUAAAAGAGACAACUCCCUGAGUUUGCAAGAGUUUGAGAACACUACACAGUCCGACAAGGGGCUUGGAAACUAAGCAGACUUUGAAAUUGACAUGGUAAAUGCAAUAGCUGAUGCAGAUAUUGAGUUAAUGUAUCGACUUCACAUGCUAUUGUUUCACACGUUUUGUCCUUUCAACUCCUUGGAUGGCCAGAUAUUUAGUCAGGUUGUUUACACAUGCAAGGAAGAAUUUAAUUCCAAGCAGAGUUCAGGGUGAGAUACAGUUGCACCACUUCCCCUGCUUUGAAAGGCUGCAUGUACAAUAAAAGCAUGGUAAAUAUAUUUGGUUCAAGGAGGGGCAACAGGGGUUUAUUAAGACAUGACAAAAUGGAAAUUGAUAAGCGAAAAAAGGUCAUGUUGGAGCAAAAAUACAUUUUAAUGAGACGACUUGACCAGCACCAGCUGAAACACUUUUUUCAAGCCUUGCAUAAUAUGUUCAUCUACUCUUUCUUUAAAGGUUUUCUGCUCUUUUUAACUCCAUCCCCUUCGUUUCCCUCAGCUAAAUCUCAUUAUGUUGCUUAAAUACCUGUGAUUUUUGAUUUUCUUACAGUCUUGACAAUGAUGUAAGAGAUUAAGAGAUUGGUAGGUCUGUGAACAGACUAUCUUUGUCCAGGGGUAUGGGGACUAUCCUUCCCUCCUCUCCCCCCCCCCCUGCUUAUGGUUAUGAUUAUGGUUAAUCAUAAUUGAAUGCAAAAUAAGUGGAGGUCGAGUUCUUGUGUAAAUAGCCACGGAGCUUAUUUAAAUAUUUGGUAAGAAGGAAACUUCUUUCAAUGGCCUUAUGUUGUCAAAGGAACAAUUGAUGUGUAUGGCUGUAUUCACAGCUUCUCUAGUCCAGAGAAGAAUUUUAAGUUAAACCUUAUACAUAGAGACUGGCCAAGUUGAAAAACAGUUAACUUGAAAACCACCAUUAUCAUUGACAAGUAAAUCUCUAUCAACAUGGCUGACUGGUCUUUACUGUUAUAAUCUUCUACAUACAAGAGUUGUGACUAAGUUAUUUGCUCACUGUACUCUACUCAUGGAUACUUCAACAAAACGCGAAAAAAAAUCUCUACAGUUUUGGUAAUAACAUAGUCAUUGCCCAAAAAAAAAACAAAAAUACCCAUAACUUAAUUAGUUGCUUUGUGAAUAGUGCUUCUUGUUUAUUAAAGAAAAGACUGAUGUUUUUAAUGAAAAAUGUCAUUUGUUAAUCUAGA